GCCUGCACGUAUUACGUCAAUCCAAUUCGGUCCGGGGAUAGCCGAGCUCUACUCGUAUCAGCUACCUACCUACAUAGAGUACCUAUCUAACAACCGCAACGACGAGAAGGUGACUGAAAGAGAGAAAUAAUGAAGAUGGCGAUGGCACGCAAUUUCUACAAGCUCUCGGCAGCUACGCAGUUUCCGAGACCGGCGGUUCUCACGCUGGGGGUACGGCUGGGGGUACGGCUGGGUACAGCGAGAUACCAGAGCUCGGCGGCAUUCAGGGUGCCGGCCGUGGACAAUGAGGUCAAUCAACACUACCCUCGCGACUCUGAGGAGCGCUACGCCCUCGAAGCCGCACUGCGGGACCUGCGACACAAGUCUCCGGUGUCGAUUCCCCUGCACAUCGGCGGCGUCGCCAUUUCCACGGAGGAUUCACAGCUGCAGGGGAUCCCGUCCUCGCACGCAGACACGCUCGCGAUCUCGUCUGUAGCGACUUCGUACGAGGUGACGGACGCGAUCGAGGCCGCGCUGGAUGCAAAGGAGGAGUGGGAGGGGCUACCGUUCGCGGAUCGCGCAGCCGUGUUCCUGAAGGCCGCGGAUCUGGUCUCGAAGAAGUACCGCUACGACCUGAUGGCCGCGACGAUGCUGGGGCAGGGGAAGAAUGCGUGGCAGGCGGAGAUUGAUGCCGCGGCCGAGCUUGCGGAUUUUUUAAGGUUCAAUGUUAAGUUCGCUGAGGAGUUGUAUGCGCAGCAGCCACCGAAAAAUGCAUCGAACGUCUGGAAUAGGGUCGAGUAUAGGCCCCUCGAGGGCUUCGUCUACGCCGUCAGCCCGUUCAAUUUCACGGCGAUUGGUGGGAACCUCCCCGCUGCGCCCGCGCUCAUGGGGAACGUCGUCGUGUGGAAGCCGAGUCCGGGAGCGCUGUGCAGCAACUACCUGGUGUACCAGAUACUGCUCGAAGCCGGGCUGCCACCGAACGUGAUCCAAUGGUGCCCGGGCGACGCCGAGGAAGUGACGGCCACGGUCCUCGCGCACCCGGAGUUCGCCGCACUCCACUACACGGGCUCAACACAGGUGUUCCGCUCGCUCUACGGGAAGAUCGCGGAAGGCGUCGUCUCCGCCCGCUUCAAGGGCUACCCUCGCAUCGUUGGCGAAACCGGCGGCAAGAACUUCCACCUGAUCCACGCGAGCGCGGACCUGCGCAACGCGGUCGUGCAGACCGUCCGCGGCGCGUUCGAGUACCAGGGGCAGAAGUGCUCCGCCUGCUCGCGCGUCUACGUUGCCAGCAGCGUCGCGCAAGAGUUCCUCGCUGAUCUUAAGGCGGAGGUCGAGGCGCUCAAGGUGGGCGCCCCUGACGAGGGGUUCGAUAACUUCAUCGGCCCCGUCAUACAUCGCGCCUCGUUCGAUAAGCUCCGUGAUGCGAUUGAUGACGCGAAUAUGGACCCCGAGCUGGAGCUGCUCACCGGCGGCACCUAUGAUGACGCUGAGGGCUACUAUAUCAACCCCACUAUCUACGUCGCUAAGUCACCCAGCCAUGAGUUGUUCGGCAGGGAACUGUUCGGGCCCGUCCUGGUGGUUUAUGUCUACCCCGACGAGGAGUGGGAGGCGACCAUGCAGCUGGUGGACGAGAGCGGUGGCGGAUACGCGUUGACCGGGAGUGUGUUUGCGGCCGAUCGCAGGAUCAUACGGCAGGCGGAGGACGCCCUCAGGAAUGCCAGUGGGAACUUCUAUAUUAAUUGCAAGUCUACAGGUGCCGUGGUCGGACAGCAGCCGUUUGGUGGCGCGAGGGCAAGUGGGACUAACGAUAAGGCGGGGAGCGUCAGCCUUCUCUCGAGGUUUGUUAGCAUGCGCAGUGUGAAGGAGGAGUUUGUCGGUGCUACUGAUGUCGGGUAUCCGAGUAACGAGGUGUAGCUGGGCGGGGGCUGCUCUUUGUUUUUGUGUUCUGUGUGUUUGCUUGCUUGCUUGUGCCUGCCUACUUGCCUGCUUGUUUGUUUGUUUGUUUUCUGUGGGAAGGGCUUUGCAUAGGUUCAUUCAGUACUUCGUACCUUCAUUCUGGCUGUCGACGCUGCCAUGAACAUCGAUUUAUCGUCGUAUACAGCCUGUCUAGGCUACGACGACCACAAAACCGACCAUUCCUGCCACCCAAGAUCAUUGGCGGAUUGAGCUCCAUCAUGUUCUACGGAAGCUCAUGAGUGACGUUCCAGGAAUGUGUAUUCAAACAACCGUCCACAGUCACACGCAC